AAUUUCCAUGGCAUGGAUCUUACCCAGGACAAAAUGUGCUCCAUGGUAAAAAAAAAAUGGCAGACCAUGAUAGAGGCUCAUAUUGACGUCAAGACUACCAAUGGGUAUUUGCUUCGUCUCUUUUGUGUCGGUUUUACUAAAAAAUGCAACAAUCAGAUUCGAAAGACCUCUUAUGCUCAGCACCAGCAGGUCUGCCAAAUUCGGAAAAAGAUGAUGGAAAUCAUGACCAAAGAGGUGCAGACAAAUGACUUGAAAGAAGUGGUCAGUAAAUUGAUUCCAGAUAGCAUCGGAAAAUAUAUAGAGAAGGCUUGUCAGUCCAUUUAUCCACUCCAUGAUAUCUUCGUUAGAAAAGUAAAAAUGCUCAAGAAGCCCAAGUUUGAAUUGGGAAAGCUCAUGGAGCUUCAUGGUGAAGGUAGUAGUUCUGGAAAAGCUACUGAGGAUGAGACCAGUGCUAAAGUUGAACACGCUGAUGGAUAUGAGCCACCAGUUCAAGAAUCUGUUUAA